GCAUUUCAACAAAUAUAUCGUUAAUUGAUACGCGACAUUUGGAACGGUGCUAAUAUACAAGCUGUCAGUUACAUAACUACUCCCCUACUUCUCUAACCUAACCUCCGUCUUUGUUCGAAUUGUAACAAACAUACAAUCCGUUUUCGUUCGCUAUCUUAUCAUUGCGAUCAGAUAAGUGAAUAAGUUUUAUAUGACACCUUCGCUGAACGGGAGUUCAGUAUUAUUCAUACCAUCGGCAGACUCACUAUGGUGCAACCAAUUACUGUAUUCAUUGCAUAUUACACUGAAGCCUUACAGCCUUACACUAUUUACGCAAUAUUAUCUGUCAAUGCAAGCUGUAGCUUCAACCGACGUUAGGGUUCAAUAUAAUAUAUGUAGAUAAAUGUAGUGAGUGACAAGUGUAUUGCAUGAUUCUAUUCCAUUGAUUGUUCAUUGGAAGUUAUUUCCUCUUAAGGUGAUAAAAGUCGAGGCAUAAUGUUGGAUUACGGUGAUUUAGAUUUGCAAAAAGAAGAAGACGAAGUGGAACAAUUUGCCAUGACUUCCUUAGGCAAACUAAUAUUUGUAGACAUACAUUGUAGGCAUCCAAAGUCUUUAUCUUCAGAUAAACCGUCUGUAGAUACCAUUGAUUCCUUAUCACUUGCUUUCGAAGACCUUUUUUACAUGCCGUUUGACAUUAUUGAAAAUUACAGUCACACUUUACGUACGUUGGACAUUAGCCAUAAUAAGUUCAGUAGAAACUUGCAAUUUUUGGGUGAAUUCGACAAUUUAACGUCUCUGAACUUAGAUCACAAUAACGUUGACGAUUACACUGUAUUCCCGCAUAUGCCGAAACUUCAACUUCUCUGGUUAAAUCAUAAUAAUAUAGAGGAACUCUAUCCGUUUAUUAAGAAUCUCUAUGAGAGUCUACCAAACCUCAGAUAUCUAUGUCUUAUGGGAAACAAGGCAGCACCGAGUUAUUUAAAUGGUGGGACCUUUUAUGACUAUCUUCAAUACAGGUUGUACGUGAUAUCCUGGUUUCCGCAUUUGGUACAUCUGGAUGACAGGAACGUGACAACGGAGCAACGGCAAGAAGCGAGAAGGCUUUUCAAGCGGCCGAUGUUAGAAAAUCUAACUGAGCACGCUCCUCUGCCAGAAUGCAUUAAACAUCUGCACAAUAAAAUUACAAAUAUGUUUUCCAAACCGACACUGCCCUGCAAAUUAAAGCCUAGAGGAACAAACUUCAUCGUUUAAAACGAUAUUAAAUUAUCAUCGAUAUAAUCCUGCUCAGAAGUAGUCUAAUUUUGUAAAAUCAAAAUAUUCUUCGAGAUAUACUAUUUUUAUUUGCUCAGAAAUGUUUUAUACCGAUGGUAAU